AUGUCGAAUAUAAUUAUUGCUUGCCACCGUAUUUUUUGUGGCCGAAAUCCAAAUAUACACUCUGUUAAAACGUCUAUCAACAAUGGAUUAUCACCAAAAAUAUCUAAUCUAAAUAGAAUAAGAUUAUCUUUAUCACCUGAAGACGAAAAAAUCUCAAACAAAUAUUCAUCAUUAGAUCAACUAAUUAUUCCCCAUACAAAUAUUCAUGUAACAGAUAAAAUUAUUUCAACACAAAAUCACUUAUACGAAAUUCAAAGUGACAUCGAUUUAAAUCGUUUAGCGAAAGAGUAUCUCGAAACAGUAAAUGAAUAUCGUUUUCAUCUAGGAUUCAUAUCACUCGAACUUUCUAAUGAACUUACAAAUCGAGCACUUUAUCGAGCGACUCAAUUAUCUAUUCAAAAUCAUAUAGAAAAUACCAAUCGAUCUGAUCUUAUUCAUAAUAAUGAACCUAUUGGAGAAACAGUUAUAUCUUGUCGAACACCUGUUAAUUAUGGUUCUGAUAUUGCUAAAUUAACGUAUGAUCAACUUAUUAAAGAUUUAAAAAAUGGUCAUUCAUCUAAAAAACGUUAUACACCAAUAUUAAAUCCAGAUUGUCAAUUUCUUGGUUUUGGACUUUAA